AUGGCGACUGAGGCGAAGGAGUACGACCUCGCAGACAAAAACGGGCUGGCAGACUUCCUCGAAGAUGCGGACAUCCAGCUGGGUGGCCCGGGCACGCGGAGGAUCUCCAAGGACGCUCUCCGCGUCAUCGUCAGGAACCUUAAAGGCGAUCGUUUCACCGUGGACAUGCUCCAGGACAUCUUGCAGGAGGUUGUCCCCGAUCGCGAGGGGCUGCUGAGCUGCGAGGACUUGGCACGCCGCCUCCGCCGCCCGGAUCCAGCUCCGCAGCCGCAAAAGUCCAAGCGCUACGACCUGGCUCAGAAGCAGGGGCUUGCGGACUUCCUGAAAGAUGCGGACAUCCGCUUGGUGCGAGCCGACUUCAUUCUGAAGCUGCACCGGGAAGGACAGCGUCUCCCGCGGCGCCAGGAAGCGGAGUCCGCCUACGUGGACUGCCGCACUGCGCUUGUGACACACGAGGAGGUCCAAGUCUGGGCCGAUGGCAAGGCGAGGGAGCAUUGCGACCCCUAUGGAUACCAGGUUUCCAAGCUAGCCAAGGCUCUCACGGGAAAGGAGUGGGUGUUCAUCGACUAUGUAUCUCUGCAUCAGUUCCAGAGCCUGGAGAUCGUCCACUGUGAGCUCGGCCCGAAGCUCCCGCUGCUGCUGAAGGCCCUGGAGAAGAUCAAGCUUCGGCAGCUCCACCUGCAGCAGAACGAGCUGUUUGAGGAGGGCACCCGCCAGGUCAUCGAGGCCUUGGCUUUGCAGUCCAACGGGACGCUUGCGGCACUGAGUCUCGCCCACGACGGCAUCGGCGUCGCUAAUGUCAAGGCUUUGGCCGAGGCUCUGCGGACAAACAGCACUUUGAUCGAGCUGAACCUGAUCCAUGCCUGCCUAAGCAUCGAUGACAUCAUCGCUCUCGCGGAGGGCAUGAAGCAGAAUCGGACCCUCAAGCAGCUGAGCCUUGCUGGUCUGGAUCUGACGGGCUGCGAUUUGGGCAAGGCCGCCGUGGCACUGGCCAGGGGUCUCCGGACCGGCCAGGUGAAGGGCACGGUCACCCACCCAGCGGUGGAGUUCCUGUGCAUGUUGGAGGCUCGCGUGCUCUCUUUGAAGCGUGGCAAGUUCUUCAUCACUUCGAGCCCGGCCCGAAUGAAGUCGACGGCAGGGUUCUGA